AUGUCUCCUCCCCUUCAAGACCUAAGCAGCCAGGAUUACAAACGCUUUACUGUGGAGUCUUUAAAUGCUUGUGCAAGCCCAGAAAACAACCUGUACCUCGCUUCGCACCUAUCAAAGCAUUUCUGGCUAUACAACCCAGUGAAAAACUCAUGGCAGGAGUUGGCAGAGAGAACUCUUGGGAGAAUCCACUCAGGGAUGGGAUACCUUAAUGGUCAUGUGUACCUUUUAGGAAUAAGGGAAGAUAUUGCGGACCUGGAAGAUGCCAAGAAGCUCCUAAGAGAAGCAAUGGUCCUUCCAAUGUGGAUGCCUGAUUUCUUCAAGGGCAUUCGUCGCCCCUGGAAGGCUCGGUUUUAUGCACCAACCACAAUCUUCAUAGAUGAAAUUGAUUCAAUAUGUGGGAGAAGAGGGACAUCUGAUGAACAUGAAGCGAGUCGUAGGGUCAAAUCAGAGCUGUUAGUUCAAAUGGAUGCUGUUGGUAGAGUAGAACUACUGAAAAUCAACUUGAAAGAAGUGGAUAUAGCAGAUGAUGUGGAUCUGAACAUGAUUGCUGAAAAGACUGCUGGUUUCUCUGGAGCAGAUAUUACUAACGUGUGCAGGGAUGCUUCAAUGAUGGCCAUGCGCCGCCGUAUCCAGGGACUGAGCCCUGAAGAGAUAAGAGCUCUGCCUAAAGAUGAGCUGCAGAUGCCUGUGACGAUGGAGGACUUUACUCUCACAUUAACAAAGAUUUCCAAAUCUGUCUCUGCGGCUGAUCUGGAGAAGUAUGAGGGCUGGAUGACUGAGUUUGGUUCAGUCUAA